ACUGUCUCUCUCCCAAGUCCCAACAACCUUCUCACCUCUCUCACAGCUCUCUCUCUCUCUCUCUCUCUCUCUCUCUCUCUCUCUCUCUCUCAGGGUAGCUCGGCAACUCUCUCCCCUCACACCGAUUAUCUAUAGCACGGUAACUACCUCUUACGCCGGCUCCGUCGUAUCCCAGAUAAAUUUCCAAUUACGUGUGGAAAUCGUUCAAAACAGAAAGUAAAUUGGUUUUCCCUGUUCGGUGUUGCCGUCUCAAACCGUGCGGUGCAGUUGAACUAUCAAAGUGCAAGUGUGAUUAAACCCUAGCUGCCUGUGUAAGAAGAGGGAGAGUGUUAUUUUUAUAUGGGGAAAUCUGGGGGAAGGAAGAAAAAGGGUGGUUCGAACCAAGUUUCUGGGGAUAACGUUUCAACCCCUAUUGCUAAUGGUGCUGUGGAUUUGGAUUCUUCCAUAUUUUUGAAGAGGGCCCAUGAGCUUAAAGAGGAAGGGAACAAGAGGUUUCAGAAUAAGGAUUAUGUGGGUGCUCUUGAGCAGUAUGAUAAUGCCCUUAAGCUCACACCGAAAAAUCACCCAGAUAGGGCAGUCUUUCAUGGCAAUAGAGCGGCUUGUCUUAUGCAAAUGAAGCCUAUAGAUUAUGAAAUUGUGAUUGCUGAAUGUUCUAUGGCGCUUCAGGUUCAGCCAAGGUAUGUCAGGGCCCUUCUUAGGAGGGCUAGGGCAUUUGAGGCUAUUGGGAAGCAUGAAAUGGCUAUGCAGGAUGUGCAGUUGUUGUUGGGGGUUGAACCGAAUCAUCGAGAUGCCUUGGAUAUUGCUCAGCGGCUGCGGACAGCACUAGGGCCUCGUCAAGAGGCACAGCAAGACCUUCAGAGUCGCCCUUCCCCUGCCGCGCUUGGAGCAUCUGCUGUCCGUGGUGCUCCAAUUGCUGGGUUAGGACCGUGUCUACCAACCCGACCAGUGCAAAAGAAGACAACUACUUUGACAGGGCUAUCUGCUGCUUCUACAAACAACAAAGCUGACAAGUCUCAGACAAUUCUUUCAGCUGAGAAUGGUGCUGAGUCCAAAACACAGUUACCAAAACUUCAAUUGAAGCCGUCAAGCAAUUCAACAAAACCUCACAGUUUAGGUAAUCAAAAGGAACCAUCAUCUUCUUCCUCUGUGUCAUUUUCAUCUCAUGGGCAGUUUUUGGAUGCAGCAGUCCAAUGUAGACCAUUGAAGCUUGUUUAUGAUCAUGACAUAAGGCUUGCCCAAAUGCCUGUUAAUUGUGGUUUCAGAGUAUUGAGGGAAGUAGUGACCAAACGCUUUCCUUCGUCAAAGUCAGUCUUGAUCAAGUACAAGGAUAGUGAUGGGGACUUGGUGACUAUAACCUCUACAGAUGAACUUAGGUUGGCCGAGUCUUGUGCUGAUAACCAUGUUCUAAAAGAUUCUGGAACUGACAAAAUUGAUUCAGUUGGGAUGUUGAGGCUGCAUAUUGUGGAGGUAAGUCCUGAACAAGAGCCACCUCUUCUGGAAGAAGAAGAGGAGAAACCUUCCGAAAAUGAGGUUAAGGGUGAUGAAAGUGGAUCUCAUUCCUCGCUUGGUGAAUCUUUGUUGGAAGCUGUUGAUUCUGUAGCUGAUAAGACAGAUAAAGAAGUUCCAAAAGAGAAACCAGCACCUUCAGAAAUUCCCGAGGGAAAGGAACUUGAAAUGGAUGAUUGGCUGUUUGAGUUUGCUCAACUUUUCCGCACCCAUGUUGGUAUUGACCCUGAUGCUCAUAUUGACUUGCAUGAGCUUGGAAUGGAGCUGUGUUCAGAGGCACUUGAGGAGACAGUAACUAGUGAAGAGGCUCAAAGUCUUUUUGAUAAGGCAGCCUCAAAGUUCCAGGAGGUGGCUGCGUUGGCUUUUUUCAAUUGGGGAAAUGUUCAUAUGUGUGCAGCUAGGAAACGAAUUCCUUUAGAUGAAGCUGCUGGAAAAGAAGUAGUGACCACCCAACUUCAAACAGCUUAUGACUGGGUUAAGGAAAAAUAUUCUUUAGCCAGGGAGAAAUAUGAAGAAGCACUCUCCAUUAAGCCGGACUUUUACGAGGGAUUAUUGGCACUGGGACAACAACAUUUUGAAAUGGCUAAACUUCAUUGGUCUUUUGCAGUUGCUAAGAAAAUAGAUCUUGCAAGUUGGGAUUCUUCAGAAACAUUGAAACUGUUUGACAGUGCAGAAGAGAAGAUGAAAGUUGCCACUGAGAUGUGGGAGAAGUUGGAGGAGCAGAGAGAAAAAGAACUCAAGGAUCCAAAUGCAGUCAAGAGGGAAGAAUUCCUGAAAAGAAGGAAAAAACAAGGUGGAAAUGAAAGUGAGUCCUCUGGAGUAGUUGGUCAGGUUGAGAUUUCAGCUGAGGAAGCAGCGGAACAAGCAGCGGUGAUGAGAUCACAAAUUCAUUUAUUCUGGGGAAAUAUGCUUUUUGAACGAUCCCAAGUAGAGUGUAAACUAGGAAUGGGUGGUUGGAAGAAGAACCUGGAUGCUGCAGUUGAGCGGUUUAAACUUGCUGGAGCUUCAGAGACAGAUAUUUCAAUGGUUCUGAAGAACCAUUGCUCCAAUGUUGAUUCAGCUGAAGAAGGCAAGAAGGUGCAUCCUCUAAAUGGUGUCGAUGAACCCAAAAAUAACGAGGACAACAAUCAGGCAAGCUAAUGUUGUUGUCCAUUCUACGCCAAAUUGUGGCCGGUGUGUUGUCCACCGCUUCUGCCCAGGUGCAUCUAAUCGGUAAUUCCUGAAGUUAUAUUUAAAAUAUUUAAGAACUGUUGUUCCUCCUAUCUGUCGACUGUCAUCGAUUUCAUUAUAUAUUAUGAUGCAGUGAAGAAAAGAGUGAAGAAAAGAGAGUAAGAGAGAACAGAGGUGAAAUGUUGAAUGUUCAUCUAGUCUAUCGAGAUAUAAAGAAAUGUUGAAUCUUCAGCAGAUAGACCUAAGGCUGGGCUUUUAGAAUUGGUGUUUGGAUUAUUCAGUACAAAAAUAUUUUGUGCUGAUCAUUGUUGUCACAUAUGAUUGGAUUUUGUUAGAAAAUUUAGGCUUGGACAUGUAACUAACUAUUAUGAUUAUUAUUUGUUUUAUUUUC